CGCCGCCCCCAGAUGACAGCCCAUCUCUGAAGGUGUUCCGCUGCCUGGUGUGCCAGGCCUUCAGCACAGACAACCUGGAGCUGCUGCUCUACCACUGCAGCAUGGGCCGCAGCCUCCCGGAGGCCGAAUGGAAGGAGGUGGCCGGUGACACCCACCGCUGCAAGCUCUGCUGCUAUGGCACCCAGCUCAAGGCCAACUUCCAACUCCACCUCAAGACCGACAAACAUGCUCAGAAGUACCAGCUGGCAGCCCACCUGAGGGAGGGCAGUGGGGCUACGGGCACUCCCUCCCCCAUGCCCCUGGGAGAUGGGACUCCUUAUGGGUCUGUGCCCGCCCUGCACCUGCGCUGCAACAUCUGUGAUUUUGAGUCCAACAGCAAGGAGAAGAUGCAGCUACACGCCCGGGGGGCAGCCCAUGAGGAAAACAGCCAGGUCUACAAGUUUCUUCUGGAGAUGGAGGGGGCAGCGGCAGGGGCAGAGCUGGGACUGUUCCGCUGCCUGCUGUGUGCCUGGGAGACGCCCUCCCGCCUGGCCCUGCUGCAGCACCUGCGAGCACCCGCCCACCGCGAUGCCCAGGCCCAGCGGCGCCUGCAGCUGCUACAGAGUGGCCCGGCAGCCGAGGAAGGGCUCUCAGCUCUUCAGAGCAUCCUUAGCUUCAGCCAUGGGCAGCUCCGGACUCCAGCUUCUGAAGAGGCAGAGAACAAGACUGGCCCUCCUGGAGACAGUGCCAACCAGACCACGGUGUACUGCUGUCCAUACUGCAGCUUCCUGAGCCCAGAGUCGGAGCAGGUGAGGGCUCAUGCACUCUCCCAGCAUGCAGUGCAGCCUAAGUACAGGUGCCCGCUGUGCCAGGAGCAGCUGGUGGGCCGGCCUGCCCUGCAUUUCCACCUUAGCCACCUUCACAACGUGGUGCCUGAGUGUGUUGAGAAGCUGCUGCUUGUGGCCACAACUGUAGAGAUGACCUUUGUGACCAAAGUGCUGCCUGGGCCCUCUCUCAGCCCUCUGGGGGAUGGCCCAGUGCCCCUGGCUCCCGGGCCAGAGCCUGCACCCGGCAGAGACCAGGCAGCAGAAGGCCCUCACCCGCCUCCAGAAGCCAGUCCCAGUCCUCUUCCUGAGCUGCCCCUGCCCUCAGCCGAGGCCCCAGACAAGCCUGCAGGAAGCCCUGACCAACCCCCCUCUCCAGCCCCAUCUCCAGCCCCUCGACCUGAUGCCCAGGCUGAAGAAAUGGCUGCUCUGCCCCUCAUGGCUGAGGAGGAAGAGGGGACUGCUGGGGAGCCCCGCCCUGCAGAACCAGCUCCAGCGGACUCGCGCCCCGCUCUGACCUAUCGGAAGACCACCAACUUUGCACUGGACAAGUUCCUUGACCCUGCCCGGCCCUAUAAGUGCACUGUGUGUAAAGAGUCCUUCACACAGAAGAAUAUCCUCCUGGUCCAUUAUAACUCUGUCUCCCACCUGCACAAGAUGAAGAAAGCUGCCAUUGACCCCUCUGGCCCUGCCCGGGGAGAGGCUGGCUCAGCGCCUGCCACCACUGCGGCCACAGACAAGCCCUUUAAGUGCACGGUCUGCCGAGUCUCCUACAACCAGAGCUCCACCCUGGAGAUCCACAUGCGCUCAGUUCUGCACCAGACUCGCUCACGGGGGGCCAAGACUGAUGCCAAGGCUGAGGGGCCAGAGCGUGGCCAAGAAGAGCCCAAAGAAGGCGAGACUGAGGGGGAGGCGGGCACUGAGAAGAAGGGCCCUGACCCCAGCGGCUUCAUAUCUGGGUUACCCUUUCUGUCCCCUCCUCCCCCUCCCUUGGACCUGCAUCGAUUCCCAGCCCCUCUCUUCACCCCGCCAGUCCUGCCCCCCUUCCCUUUGGUGCCCGAAUCACUACUUAAGCUCCAGCAGCAACAGUUGCUCCUGCCCUUCUACCUCCAUGACCUCAAGGUGGGGCCCAAGCUGGCACUGGCUGGGCCUGCACCCCUGCUGUCCCUGCCAGCUGCCGCCCCUCUGCCCCCACCCCCACCCCCAAAGGCUGAGCUGGCUGAGCGGGAAUGGGAGCAGCCCCCCAUAGCUGAAGAGGGAACUGAGGCAGGGACAGCCUCACCCCCCGAACCAACACCCAACGAGGCAGCCCACACUGCAGCCAAAGCCCUUCUAGAAAACUUUGGUUUUGAGCUGGUGAUUCAGUACAAUGAAGGGAAGCAGGCUGUGCCCCCUCCUCCCACCCCACCCCCACCAGAGGCCCUGGGGGGUGGGGAGAAGCUGGCCUGCAGGGCCUGUGGGAAACUCUUCUCUAACAUGCUCAUCCUCAAGACACACGAGGAGCAUGUCCACCGCCGCUUUCUGCCCUUUGAGGCCCUGAGCCGUUAUGCUGCUCAGUUUCGAAAGAGCUAUGAUAGCCUAUACCCGCCCCCUGCAGAGCCCCCCAAACCUCCUGAUGGGUCUCUGGAUUCGCCUGCUCCCCAACUGGGUCUGCCCUUCCUGGUGCCAGAGCCCGAGACAGAGGUGGCCCAUCCCCCUGAGGAGCGAAGCCGGGCGGGACACUGGCCCCCGGAGGAGGAAGACAACGCCAGAGGGAAUCUUCCUCCCCUGCUGCCCGCAGGCCGCCGAUUCUCCAGAACCAAGUUCACAGAGUUCCAGACGCAAGCCCUGCAGUCUUUCUUUGAGACCAGUGCCUACCCCAAGGAUGGAGAGGUGGAGCGGCUUGCAAGUCUCUUGGGCCUGGCUAGCCGUGUGGUGGUAGUGUGGUUCCAGAAUGCCCGCCAGAAAGCACGCAAAAAUGCCAGCGAGGGCGGGCCUGCGCCAACCGCGGGAGGCACUGGGGGCGUCUCUGGCUGCAGGCGCUGCCACACCGCCUUCUCCUGUGUUUUUGAGUUGGUGCGACACCUUAAGAAAUGCUAUGAUGACCAGCCCCUGGAAGAGGAAGAGGCAGAGAGAGGGGAAGAAGAGGAGGAAGUAGAGGAGGAAGAUGCAGAGGAGGAACAGGGCCCGGAACCCCCAAAAGGUCCCAAGGGCCCAUCACCAGAACCUCCAGACAGGGAAGAGCUGAGCCAAGCAGAAGCAACAAAGCCAGAAGGCAGAGAGCCUGAAGGGAGGGCUUCUCCCUCACCUGCCCCAGCCCACACCUGUGACCAAUGCGCCAUGUCUUUCUCCAGCCAGGACCUCCUGACCAGUCACCGCCGACUACAUUUCCUGCCAUCUGUGCAGCCCGGUGCUGCCUCCCACCUCCUAGAUCUACCCUUGCUGGUGUUUGGGGAGCGAAACCCCCUGGUGGCAGGCACUCCACCAGUGCCAGGGCCACCCCUCAAACGGAAGCACGAGGACGGUAGCCUGUCUCCCACGGGCAGUGAAGCAGGGGGUGGAGGGGAAGGUGAGCCCCCCAGGGACAAGCGCCUACGCACCACCAUCCUGCCCGAGCAGCUGGAGAUCCUGUACCGCUGGUACAUGCAGGACUCCAACCCAACACGCAAGAUGCUGGACUGCAUCUCCGAGGAGGUGGGGCUCAAAAAGCGGGUGGUGCAGGUCUGGUUCCAGAAUACCAGGGCCCGAGAGAGGAAAGGCCAGUUUCGAAGCACCCCUGGGGGAGUGCCCAAUCCAGCGGUCAAGCCCCCUGUCACACCCACCCCUGCACCCUUCCCCAAGUUCAACCUCUUGUUGGGCAAGGUGGAUGAUGGGACUGGGAGGGAGGCCCCCAAGAGAGAAGCACCUGCUUUUCCCUACCCCACGGUCACCCCGACUGCAGGGCCCCUGCCUUUCCUGCCUCCUGGGAAAGAGGCCGCCAUCCCAACACCAGAGCCACCUCUACCUCUCCCUCCUCCCCUUCCCCCCAGUGAGGAUGAUGGCCCAGAGGAACCCACAAAAGCUUCUCCAGAGAGUGAGGCUUGCAGUCCAUCUGCAGGUGAUCUAAGCGAUUCGUCUGCUUCCAGCCUGGCCGAACCAGAAUCCCCUGGGGCUGGAGGGACCAGUGGGGGACCGGGUGGGGCUGGGGUUCCAGAUGGGAUGGGACAGCGGCGCUAUAGGACCCAGAUGAGCAGCCUGCAGCUGAAGAUCAUGAAAGCCUGUUAUGAAGCCUACCGCACCCCCACCAUGCAGGAAUGUGAGGUGCUGGGGGAGGAGAUUGGGCUGCCCAAGAGAGUCAUCCAAGUCUGGUUCCAGAAUGCUCGUGCCAAGGAAAAGAAAGCCAAACUGCAGGGGGCAGCAGCUGGCGGGGCUGGGGGCAGCAGCGAGGGCCCCUCAGGAGCCCAGCGCACUGACUGUCCCUACUGUGAUGUCAAGUAUGAUUUCUAUGUCUCCUGCCGAGGCCAUCUCUUUUCCCGCCAGCACCUGGCCAAACUCAAGGAGGCGGUCCAAGCCCAGCUGAAGAGUGAAAGCAAGUGCUACGACUUGGUCCCAGCACCUGAGACAUCUCCGGCUCCCAAGGCCCCACCUGCCACCACACCUGCCUCUAUGCCCCUGGGGGCUGCCCCAGCCCUGCCUCGCUUGGCCCCGGUCCUCUUGCCCGGCCCAGCUCUGGCCCAGCCCCCCUUGGGCAGCCUAGCUCCUUUCAAUUCAGGCCCUGCAGCCUCCUCAGGCCUCCUUGGCCUCGCCACUUCGGUUCUGCCUGCUACCACAAUGGUCCAGACUGCUGGCCCAGGCUGCCCCUUACCUCAGAGAUCUGUGCCCGACCAAACCAACACCUCCACGGCAGGCACCACUGACCCUGCCCCAGGCCCGCCUACUGAGCCCUCUGGGGAUAAGGUCUCUGGUGAGCGAAAACCAAUUGCAGCCCCCACCAACUCCUCCACUGAUGCCCUCAAGAACCUCAAAGCAUUGAAGGCCACUGUCCCAGCCCUGUUGGGGGGCCAGUUCCUGCCCUUCCCACUGCCCCCUGCAGGAGGGGCCACACCACCGGCUGUCUUUGGCCCCCAGUUACAGGGAGCCUACUUCCAACAGCUUUAUGGCAUGAAGAAGGGGCUAUUUCCAAUGAACCCCGUGAUACCUCAGACCCUCAUCGGACUACUCCCCAAUGCCCUCCUCCAGGCACCACCCCAGCCCCCUGAGUCCACAGCCACAGCACCUCCAAAGCCUCCUGACCUGCCCGCUCCAGGGGAGGGGGAGACCGGGGAGGCGGACGAGCUGCUGACAGGCAGCCCUGGCAUCUCCACCGUGGACGUGACCCACCGCUACCUGUGCCGCCAGUGCAAGAUGGCAUUUGACGGGGAAGCUCUAGCCACUGCUCAUCAGAGAUCCUUCUGCUUCUUUGGGCGGGGUCCUGGGGGUUCCAUGCCCCCCCCACUUCGGGUGCCCAUCUGCACUUACCACUGCCUGGCAUGUGAGGUGCUGCUGAGUGGGCGUGAAGCCCUGGCCUCCCACCUGCGCUCCUCGGCCCACAGGCGAAAGGCGGCCCCACCCCCAGGGGGCCCACCCAUCAUCGUCACCAACGCCGCCACUGCUGCCACCGCUGCCGUGGCUUUUGCCAAAGAGGAAGCAAGAUUACCUCACACGGACUCCAACCCAAAAACUACUACUACCUCUACACUUCUAGCUUUAUAAACAGAUAAAAGAUAAACCAAGAUCUGGGAGAGGGAGGGCCUCAGGGCUCCCUCUCUUACCCCAAGGGGUGUUUGGUGGGAGCUCAAAUCCCUCACCCCAACCUUUAGCUCGCCCACCUCCUGGGAAUCUCAAUUCCCACCCUCAGUGGGCUUCACACACCCACUUCUAGCAGAGUCCUGCCUCCUCCCCUGCCCAGACACACGCCUCCACUCCUUGCCCUGUGACUUCACAGACAUCCUCAUCUUGUCAUCCUUAUUAUUCACUCAUGUCUGCUCUGCUCAGCAUACACAGAAUCUGUCCUUGAUCUAUCUUCCUACAACUUUUCCCCCACUGAAUUCCCAGUCACACCCCAGCUCCUAUAAACACACACAUGAGUACAUGUUCUCCCGUGCUGUUCCACUGACUGAGAAAACACCAAAAAGAAGAGAAGAAGAAAAAGAAGAAGAAAGAUGAAAAAGAUGAAAGAAAAAGGAAACCCCAAGACAGAGAAGGGGAAGGAAAAUAAACUGUCGCUCCCCCUCCUUCCUGCCCCCUUGUCUAGAGCACCAUCUGCUCAAAAACUUUCCAAAUACCCAGUUGGCUCCCAAUGUUGGAGCCUGGGAUGGGCAGGGAGCCCACAAAACUAACCAAACUUUAGGUUGGCGGGGAGAAGUGCUCCCAGCUCACUCUCCUCACAUCCCUCCUAACCUCCUUGUCUGGCAGGGGGGCCCCUGUGGCCUGGACUCUAGGGGCAGCUGCCACCAGGGAUCCCUCUGCCAACCCCCACCCUGCACCCUGAGAACUGCAGUAACUUAUUCUCAAAGGCUUUAAACACAGAGAUCCUCUCAGCAGCCGUGGGCCUGCCCCUCGUCCCAGCCCUGCCACGUGGGGGUCCAGCCUCUGGGACCGGCGCUGCCCACCAACGGCAAAUCCAAAGUUCUUUAAAAAACAAAACAAAAACUGAAACACACACACAACCAAAAAAGAGAGAGCGCACACAUGUGCACAGGAGUGAGAGAUGGAGAGGAAUGAACUAAAAAGAAACAAACUUGGAAAAUACAGAAAAAAAGAAAAAAAAAACCUGAAAACUCUCCCAUCAAACAAGUGGUUUUUUCCUGUUUGUGUCGCCUCCCCCCAUUUUAAGGGUUUCUUUAAAGCACCUCAUCUUUGGAAGGUCAAA